AUGCCCUCUCAAUCUCAGAAGUGGCUUCUUGCUGCUGCCAAUGUCCUCAUACCCAUCGCGGUGUUGACCUUCGCAGUCGGCUUCUUCCCCUACAAGCCCUUCAUUCCUGGUCUCGCCGAGUAUGAGACCCUGGAGUCUGGAGCGCCGCCCGAGGCUCCUUUCGACAAGGUUGUCUUUAUGGUCGUGGACGCGCUGAGGAGUGACUUUGUCUUCUCGAACAGCUCCGGCUUCGAGUUCACCCAAGGUUUGAUAUCGUCGGGCGCGGCUCUCCCAUUCACCGCCCAUGCAACCUCCCCGACCAUUACCAUGCCUCGCGUGAAGGCCAUUACGACCGGCUCCAUCCCAUCCUUCCUCGACGUGAUCCUGAACUUCGCCGAGUCCGACUCUACCUCGACCCUGGCGUCCCAAGACACGUGGCUUGCGCAGCUCAAGGCCAAGAAGGAUGGAAAGCUUGUCAUGUAUGGCGAUGACACUUGGUUGAAGCUGUUCCCGGAGACAUUUGCCCGCGCGGAUGGCACGUCCAGUUUCUUUGUUUCGGACUUUACCGAAGUCGACAACAACGUGACGAGGCAUGUCCCCGAUGAGCUGCAAGCGAGUGACUGGAACGCCAUGAUCAUGCAUUACCUUGGGCUGGAUCAUAUCGGCCACAAGACUGGGCCAUUGGGUCCCAACAUGAUCCCAAAGCAAGCGGAAAUGGAUGGCAUUGUCAAGGAAAUCUACCAAGCAAUUGAGACACAGAAGCACCUGAAGAAUACCCUGUUCGUCUUGUGCGGAGAUCAUGGCAUGAACGACGGCGGCAACCACGGUGGCUCAGCCCCUGGCGAGACCUCUCCGGCCCUCGUCUUCAUGUCUCCGAAGCUCAAGAAGAUCUCCAAGGGGCUACCGUGCCCCACAGAGCCGAAGGAAGACUUUGACUACUACACCAAGAUUGAGCAGUCAGAUAUUGCACCCACUCUUGCGGGACUUCUUGGUUUUCCAGUGCCUCUUAACAACCUGGGCGUCUUUAUUACCGAUUUCCUGCCUUUCUGGUCUAAUGGAAAUGAUCGGGCACAAAUAAUGCUCAGGAACGCUGUGCAGAUACUCAAUAUCGUCAAAGCCACCUUCCCGGAUCCUGCAUUCGAGAACCCAUUUACGGAAGUCAAAUGUGAUUCCAUCAGCUCAGCUGGCAACGAGCUUGCUUGCAAGUGGCGGAAGGUUACGACUAUCUUCCAUGAUGCGGGUGCUUAUCGUCCCAAGCCGGACGACAUUAUCCCUCCGCUUGUUGAUUUCUGUCGUUCAGCCCAGGAUAUCAUGAGCAGCACAGCGAGCAACUACAACCUCGCUUUGCUCAUUGCUGGUACGAGCAUCGCGUUGCUCAGCUUAGGUCUUGCUUUUACUGCCCUUCGCCCUCUCAAGACUUCUGUCAGCAGUGCUGGUAUUUUCUACACUGCUCUGGUCCUGCUGUACGGUAUCAUGAUGUUCGCCAGCAGUUACGUGGAGGAAGAGCAACAUUUCUGGUACUGGGCUACAUCUGCCUGGUUUGUGUAUCUCUUCGUCAACAAGUCCCGUAGGAGCCACGUCUUGACAGUAAUUGGGCCCUCACUCGCCCUGCUCGCCUUGCACCGCCUAACCCGCCGUUGGAACCAAACGGGCCAAAAGUACGCCGGCGCGCCAGACAUUGUGCACUCGGCUGUGCUCACCAACCCCGUUGUGCUGUGGACCUUGGUAGCGGGAACCUACCUGUGGCUGAUGCUGCGUCUGCGCAGCCACAUCUCGCGGCGGAUGGGCCGGCAGCUGCAGACGUUCGCGACGGGAAACGCCGUGCUGCUCUGCGGCAUUUCGUUCCUGUUCAAGCUGGCCUUCACAGCACGCGACGCACCGGAACUAGUGCGGGGCGCAAGCCCAGGCGCGAUCGAGUUCCUCGAAGGGCUCAGCCUGGUGCGGCUGGCGCGAGUCGUCUUCAUCGGAACGAUCAUGGGCGCAGCGUGGCUGUUCGCGCAGGAGAGAGGCCCCCUCUCGGGCCCGACGUCCGGGUCGCGGGCAAUGGUGGCAGAGGGGCUGCACGACUUCCUGACGCUGCUGCUGCUGACGCAGACGCGCGCGCCCAACAUCCCGCUCUUCCUGGUCUUCCGGGCGCAGCAGCACUUCCUGUCGCGGCUGCCGCCGCUGUCACCGACGGAGAUCAGCACGACGACGCUGCUGCUGGCGCAUGCAUCCUUCUUCGCCCUCGGCAACAGCAACGCCAUCUCCAGCAUCGACCUCAGCAACGCCUACAACGGCGUCGCCAGCUACAACGUCGUGGCCGUCGGCGCGCUCAUCUUCGUCGGCAACUGGGCCGGCCCCGUGUUCUGGGGCUGCGCGGGCGGGCUGCGCGUGCUGGAGGACGCGCGGUGGCGGCGCAACAUGGAGGUGGUGCGGAGGCUGCAGGAGGCGAAGCGGGCAGCGGCGCAAGCGGCGGCGGGGAAGGCGUCGUCGUCGGCGCGCCGUGGCGUGCUACUGCGCGACCCGGCCGAGGGCAUGUUUUUCGCGCAUUUUGCGCGGCUGACGCUGUGGACUGCGGCGGCGCUGGGGGCGGUCAUGGCGGCGUGCACGGUGCUGCGCAGCCAUUUGUUUAUCUGGACGGUGUUUAGCCCCAAGUAUUUGUAUGCCAUGGCGUGGGGCGUGCUGUAUCAUUUGGUGGUUAGUGGCGGGUUGGGGGGCGCGCUGUGGUGGGCUGGUGGGGGCGUGGUGAGGAGGUAG